AUGUCUUUACCUUCUACAGGCACUUCCUCUGAGGAAGCUGACCAGAAGAAAGGGAUGAAAACACCUUAUGAGGUGAACGAAGUUCCGCUUAGUGAAAAAGGUGUGGAAAUAGAUGAGGAUUUCAGAUACAAUAUUAUUCAUGCAUGUGGUCAUAACUUUAGCGCUGACAAAGAAAAAGGUGGAUCCUUUGACCUACCUGCUGAUAUCGAAUACAUGAUCGAUAAAAUCGGCGGCUUAAAGAUAGAGGAUGCUAUUGAUAUUCUCAAGAAGGCCUACAAAGAUCACUAUCAGGAUCAGAACUUCCCAAGUGACGUUUAUUUGUUGAUCCAUGAUCUUUUGGAUAAAGAGCUUUAUCUUUCAAAGGGUCACACUGAGAAGGAAUGGACUGAAGAAAGCAAGAUUCAGGCUGGCCUAAUUUACUAUUAUUCACCAUAUCCUGAAGUUAGAACUGUCACAUCGCCAUUGGACAUUGAAGAUGUUCCUAUUGAAACCAUUAGAUCUUAUAUUCUAGGUAUCAUUUGGACCAUUAUUGGUGCAGGUGUGAACGAAUUCUUCAUGCAUCGAAAGCCAAGAAUUACUUUAACAGCACCCGUCAUUCAAGUCUUGCUUUAUCCAUGUGGUAAAUUCUGUGAACAUGUUCUUCCAGACUGGGGCUUUAAGUUCAGAGGAAAGAGAUUUUCUUUAAACCCAGGUCCUUGGACAGCAAAAGAACAAAUGUUUUCCACUCUUAUGUUUAAUGUGGCCAUUAGUUAUACCUAUGUCUCUCAUAAUAUUUACGUGCAGAAGUUGAAACGGUUCUAUAACAAUGACUGGGUUGACAUUGGAUAUGAGAUUCUUCUUAUGCUUUCGUCACAAUUCAUGGGUUUUGGAUUUGCUGGAAUUGUCAGAAAAUUCGUUAUUUAUCCAGAAAAAUGCAUUUGGCCUACAGCUUUCCCAACAUUGGCCUUAAAUUCAGCUCUUUUAAAGGGCGAAAAGCAUACAGAAAACAUUAAUGGUUGGAGAAUUACAAGAUAUCACUUUUUCUUGGUUUGCUUCAUUGGAAUGUUCCUCUACUUUUGGAUUCCAAAUUAUCUCUUCCAAGCUUUGUCCACGUUUGACUGGCUUGCAUGGAUAAAGCCACAGAAUUUCAACCUAGCUGUUGUCACUGGCUCUCAGUAUGGCCUUGGACUGAACCCUAUUCCUACUUUCGAUUGGAAUAUUAUUGACUAUAACUAUGCCAUUACGAUUCCAUUCUUUUCUCAGUUGAAUCAAUACAUAGGUUCAUUUAUUGGCUUUUUUGCAAUCAUAGGUAUUUUCUACUCUAACUACAAGUGGUCCGGAUACUUGCCUUUGAAUGACAAUAAUAUCUACACGAACACAGGUGAAUUAUAUGAAGUUACCGAGAUUCUUAAUAAGAAUAGUCAAUUAGUUGAAUCUAAAUAUCAAAAAUAUUCACCUCCCUUUUACACCGCCGGUAAUCUUCUUAUUUACGGUGCAUACUUUGCUUUAUAUCCAUUCUCAUUCUGCUAUACAGUCAUAACCGAAUGGUCCACCAUCAAGAAUAGCUUCAAGGUUUUCUAUCACCAGUUGAGACACCUGAAACUUUGGAAAUCAAAUUAUGAUGGCUUUGAUGAUCCUCAAACAAGAAUGAUGAAGAAGUACAAGGAAGUUCCUGACUGGUAUUUUCUUGUUAUAUUGGUGAUCUGUAUUGUUCUAGGAAUAUUGGCUGUUAAGCUUUAUCCGGCUCAGACCCCUGUUUGGGGUAUUUCCUUAUUUUGGUGUUGA